AUGUCGGACGGCGAUGUAGAGAAGCCGGGCGGGCUCGCGCACGGCGGCGGCAGACGUGCGGCUGCGUCCGCCGCGCUUGUGAGGGACGACGCGGGCGACGGGCGGCGGGGCGGCGGGCAGCGUGCGUGCGACGGGCGGCGGGCGGCGGAGCGGCGUGCGUGCGACGGGCGGCGGGCGGCGGGCGGCGUGCGUGCGACGGGCGGCGGAGCGGCGGGCGGCGUGCGUGCGACGGGCAGCGGAGCGGCGGGCGGCGUGCGUGCGACGGGCGGCGGGCGGCGGGCGACGGGCGGCGUGCGUGCGGCGAGCGGCGAGCGGCGGGCGACGGGCGGCGGGCGACGGGCGGCGUGCGGCGUGGUUGCGACGGGCGGCGGGCAACGGGCGAUGGGAUUAGGGCCGGGUGAUUAG